GUGGAAACCUCACUUGCACCCCGGCAGCAGUCAGAAAAGGAUACGAUCCACGGGGACGAAUCUCUAAUCCGCUCGAAUCGAGGAAUCGGCCGAUCCUUUGAUUUUUUUUAACCGAGAAACGAAGAGAGAGAAAGAGAAGGAGAAGUCAUGAAGUUUGGAUUGUUCUGGUUGUUCUGCUUGUUGACGGUUGCCAUCUUCACCGACAGAACCUUCGGAAGUCCCUACAUCGAUGAUGAGGAAGAUUCGCUGCAGAUUGCAGAUUCAGAUUAUACAGACAAUGCAUUAGAGAAUCUAAUGAGAGCGGCUCAACAAAAACGUACCUCGUUGAUAUAUCUGUUUAGGCGGGCCUGCAUACCACGGAGCGGAAACUGCGACCACCGGCCGAAAGAUUGCUGUUACAGCUCCAGUUGCAGAUGCAAUUUGUGGGGGUCAAAUUGCCGGUGCCAACGAAUGGGUCUCUUCCAGAAAUGGGGUUAAAAACGAUCUCACAAAUCCCCUCUUUCUUUCUCGGCAGAAACGUUCCUCCUUUUUAGCACGCCACGCGACUACGAUUUCGUAUAAUUGUCAAGAUUUCGUUUCGUCCCUCGGAGAUAUCUCAUUUCUUUUCUUUUCUUUCUUCUUCUUCCUCUUUUUCUUCUUCUUUCCCCAUCAUCUUGCGAAUACUCGAAUUGCGUAAGCGUUUUUUGCGUACGAAUUUUUUACCAUCGUCCGCUGUCCCACGGUCUAAAAUUUUAUGCGCACGCCACGUGAUCUAGAUUUAGGAUAAAAUUUUUAUUUGCGAUGCGUGAAAAUAGCAAAACUAGAGAAGAUAGAGCUUUCGAAUGUAUGCGUUGCGGGUGAGGGUGAGUUUUUACGGUGUCUUCCCUACGGUUCCUUCUCUUUCUUUAUUAGUCAGUCGAUCAUGAUACGAUCUUUUUUUUUUUUUAUGUAUUUUUCUAUUUUUUUGUACAUCUCGUAUCUACCUCCUACGUAUGUAUAAUACUCGAGAUAAUGAAUUUUAUCUAACGUUUAUUUAUUUAUUUUUUCUUCCGUUUUAUUAAUCACACUUGACUUAUCAUUAUUACGCUUAUCUUGUAGAUUAAGUUUUAUUAUUUUUGUAUUUAUUAAUUUUAUUUAUUUAUUUAUUUUUCUAUUUUGUAUUUAUUAAUCUGUAUUUUUCUUUUUUUUAUUUCUACGAAUUGAAACCUUACUUACUUCGAGGCCUUGCGCAAUUUAUUAUUAGCCAAAAUGAUCGAACGAAAACCCCAAACGAAAAAACGAAGCGUAAUAGAACGAACGAAUGAAGAUUGGACUGAGAAUUUACUUAUCUUCCUCGAUGUUCAUUUUAUUCUCCGCAAGAGACGUGGAGUGAAACGUGGAUACAGAAUAAAAUUACAAAGGAAUACAAAGCGGUCCAUACAUUUUAAGAAUUAUAUUCCGCUGUAACACGAUGAUAAUAAAUACGAACGAACGGUGUAACGGAUAAAUUGUGAAUCCCUUGAGAGAAGAAGAAAUGUCUAAGCGCAAAGAGAUCGCUAUACAUAUAUAUAUAUACGUAAAAAGAAUUUUUGAAAAUUAAAAUUCCAAUGGUCUUAACUUGAUCCGACGUUUAUUUUUUUUUCGAGGCGAAAUUUCAUUCAAUCGUGAUUCAAAACGGUGCAAAACAGAACAAACUUUCCUACGUUUACUUCGAGAUCUUUCUGUUACUCGCAAGAGAGACACACUUGUCGCAUAAUCGAGAAUCGCGUCCGCAUUAUUUUGAUAUAAUUAAACACCAAUGAUAUAAAAAUUGUAUAAAACUAGCGUUAGCUUAGAAGGGGCGGACGAAGUUAAUAAGGACUAAAUUUUUUGAUCAGGCUCGAUUCUGUGCUACUUAAUAAAAAAGGCUGUCAUCCUCUUCGAUGGGAUGAUGAUAAAAUUGGGAAGAAAUCGAUGAAUUCUUAACUCGAUAGCAAAAUUUUUAUAGGUAUAGAUAGUGUAUACCGAUCUCUGAUCGGUAUUUUUGCUCUAGUCAGUUUUAUCGAUCGAAUGUUCUUUUUUGUUCAUCGUUCGUCGAGGAUGAUCACAGCCGAUUAGAAUAAUCGAACGAAAAUAUAUAUAUAUAUAUAUUUAAAAUUAAAAAAUUAUGAUUCCUGAAAAAUUAGAGAGAAUCGCGGUUUACAGAUACGAUAGAUAAAUAUCUCUCCUAUUCAAAUUUUAAACUUACUUCUAUGUAUAUUAUAAUUAUAAAUGAAACAAUACAAUAAUGAAUGUUAUCGUGUCGUAUCAUCGAAGGUGGAUAUACAUGUAUCGAUAUAUUAUAUGGAAAUAUAAUAUAUAUAUUAUAUAUGUAA